CAAACAAUAAACCAUAUACGUACCUAAUAUACGGAUUUAUUUACCGUUUCAUCCGCCUAAUACCAACCACUCCACUCAUACAGUCAACCACCGUCUGGUGAUAUUAACGCCUUAUUCCUUAUACCAAUCCCAUAACCAGCGCAAACCAAUACGCCCGGUAUCUUGUUUACCCAAAGCUUUUCCCAGACCAAAAUAACUCCACUUUAUGUUUGAUCCACCGACGUCCACGCCGACGCGUUUCUCGUCCAUUUCGAACUCACAGCGACGCAGACCGUCGCUGUCGCUCUCGCUUUCCUCGAACAACCUGUCAAGCCUUCGCCUAGCGCCACCAUCGUACAACCGCAACCAAAGCGGCAGCGUUACGCCGACACGGUCGGGUACGGGUUCACCUAUUCGCAGCAGACCCGGAUCAUCGCUCUCAACGUUCCGCCCGCAGACACCGCUUUCCAGCUAUGCCAACUAUUCAGCGCCGCAGUACAUAGGCACAAUCAAUGUAGCGAUCAGACCCAAACCAACGGUACCCGGUGCCGCGGGGAAUGACCGGUGGUAUGUUGACUCUAGUCUCAAUGUGAUUGCGUACCCGGAUAUUGGCGAGUUUCUGUACGAUCAUGUGCUUGACCCAGCCGUGACAAAUGCACAGGUGUAUACGUCCUGUGUGCAGCCAAUAAUCCAGAAAGUAAUGUCGGGCUUCAACGGAACCGUUUUUGCAUACGGCAUGACAAGCUCCGGGAAGACGUGGUCUAUGCAGGGUAGCGACGAGCACCCCGGGGUGAUUCCGCUUUCAAUCGCGGAGAUCUUUGGGCACAUCGUGCGCGAUGCUACCAAAGAGUAUAAGGUGUGCGUUUCAUACUUGGAGAUUUACAACGAGAAGUUGAUCGAUUUGCUCGCGCUAGACACCGCAGCUGGCGCCACCAGUGCCCCCGACUUGAAAAUACGCGAUGACGCGGUCUUAGGAGUGAGAGUCGUGGGUUUGCAGGAGGUGCCGGUCAGCAGCCAGACGGAGUUGAUGCGCAUCAUCAAGCGCGGCGAUCAGGCGCGCAAGACGAGCGCGACGGACUUUAACGCGCACUCGUCGCGUUCACACGCCGUAGUGCUCUUGCGCAUCACGUGCCGCGCGGACGGAAAGGAAACUUUCUCCACCCUCUCCUUAUGUGAUUUGGCGGGGAGCGAAAAAGCGACCGCACAGCAGGAGCGCCGCAAAGAAGGUUCCUUCAUCAAUAAAUCCUUGCUAACGCUCUCGAACGUCAUUUCCAAGCUCUCCUCAUCGGUGUCUGCCGGUCACAUUCCGUACCGUGAGUCGAAGUUGACGCGCCUUUUGCAGCCGGCGUUAAGCGGUGACUCCCUUGUGUGUGUUCUUUGCACGAUUCAGACUACGAUCAACGCCAAAGCGGAGACUGUCAACACGCUUCGGUUUGCGGCUAGGGCCAAGAACGUGGUGUUACAUGCCAUGAAGAACGAAUCGGCGGUGGCCGAUCCCGAGGCUACCGCGCGCAUUAUCCAGACGUUGACAGCGUUGGUGGAGAAGCAAAAGAGCGAGAUUGCGGGCUUGAGGAGUGGACGCUCGGUAUCGCCGUCUGGCUUCUCUGGUGGCGCGGACGUCGCAGAAUUGAAGGCGGAAAACAGAAUCUUGACGGAGCGGGUCGAGCAUUUGGUGCGGAUCGAGGAGCUUGACCGUGCCGAGCACAUCAUCGUUAAGAAUGACGUGUUGAACUUCCUCACGACAUUGCGGCACAGUGCGGGUGAGGAUGACCGCACGUCCGAGCUUAUGAUCAAAUUGGAGGAGAUCUUCACCAAGCAGGCACGCCACGUGGACGAGAGCAAGAGCUAUAUCAAGCAUUUGGAGAACCAGUUGUACCGGUCGGAGACUCUCCGCCACCGUCAGGAGGAGGAGACGCAACCAGCGCCGCUGCCCAUGCAGCCUCCACGGACGCCCAACCGAUUCAGGGCCCUGGUCUCUGACCCGAGCGAAGCGAUAGUGACCAUCAACGAACAAGCCGAGGAGUUGACCAGUUUGCGUGACCAGUUGAAGGACAAGGAGCGGAUAAUCAAGGCGUUGAAGUCAUCGAAUAUGCUCCGUGAUUCAUUGCAGCCGAAACUGUUGAACUAUAAGGGUGUGACGCGGCUGGCGAUGGCAGGUAUCCCUGACUUGAAGAGCGAGACAAAGGACUAUCCGAUGAGUGAAGACCAGGAGAACAUCUCUCCAAUGUAGUACCGAGAUGAGACAAGGAUUUAUAAUUGAUUCAAUUGUCGAAAAGCUUUGUAUUUGCGUGGGCUUUAGAAGGGAGAUUUGUGUAUGAGGGUUAGAUAAUGGAAUAGGUAUAGAUAAUCAAUGAGAUAGAAAUAUUUGUAGUCAAGGGUGGUAACCCGGUCUUAUCGGUCUAAACACACUCUACAAACCACGGAUGGGGUGUGGGAUGAACAGUUGUGAUUCAUCCCCAUGAGAAGGUAACGAAUAUCUGGAUGGUGGACCUGUUUAUCCACAUAGAGUUCGGAUCAGAACAAUGAUGUAAUUUUUUUGAAUUAAAGGUUGGAAAAUAUAGUUGAAGUGUACCCGGUUGAA